AUGGCCGUAUCAUCACCAGCGUCGGUGCGGUUCAACGUGAAGAGACAGAGGCCGGUGCUGGUUCGUCCGGCCAAACCGACGCCGCACGAAAUCAAACUCUUAUCAGACAUCGACGAUCAACACGGGAAUCGCUAUCAGGUUGCAGGUAUUCACUUCUUCAAAGCAAGAAGAAGAAGUGAUAACAAUGAUGAUCCCGUGGAGGUGAUCAAAGCGGCCGUAGCCAAAGCGCUUGUGUUUUACUACCCAUUAGCCGGGCGGCUGAGGGAAGGCCUGGAAGGGAAAUUGAUGGUGGCUUGCACAGGAGAAGGCGUGUUGUUUAUCGAGGCGGACGCCGACUCGACGAUGGAUGCAUUUGGAAGAGAGGAGGAGGAGAUUCGGCCUCCGUUUCCGUGUGUGGAGGAGCUUAUUCCCCCCUCCUCUGAAAUCCUCCAUUCUCCCCUGUUUCUUAUACAGCUUCUCACCGCCUUUAUUUGGCGCGGUCAAAUCGCCUCCAUCCGACCUGAAACCGACCCGACCCAUAAAAUUAGAGUCCUCUUCCUAGUGAACGCUCGGUCCAAAUUUAAUCCGCCAAUACCGAAAGGGUACUAUGGGAAUGUGUUAGCCACGGCAGCGGCGGUGACGACGGUGGGUGAAUUGACGGAGAACCCAAUUGAGUAUGCGGCGGAGCUGGUGAAGAGAGCCCGGUUGGAAGUGACGGAGGAGUUCAUGAAGUCCAAUGCGGACCUGCUGGUUCUGAAAGGGCGGCCGGAUUUCGAGCUAAAAUGGACGACGCACAUGGUGUCGGAUCUGACCAGGGCGGGGUUCGACGAGGUGGAUUUCGGGUGGGGAAAACCGGUUUAUGCCGGGCCGGCCAUCGGGUUAAUUCGUUCGUUUGGUAGCUUUUACAUCCCAAUCAAGAACAAGAACGGGGAGAAAAGCGUAAUGGCUCUAGUUCGCUUGCCCAGACUUGCCAUUGAACGGCUCGUUAAAGAGUUCGAAACCAUCAAGCUUAAAAGUUCUUUGUAA